AUGGUGGUGUUUGCUGGUGCUUAUGGUUGUGGCUAUGGUCUCAACAACCACCUUGAAAAAAGCCCUGCUCACUCCCCCUUCCUCCACGCCUGCUCUGACCUCUUCCUGGGCCUCCUUGCCCUGGGCCCUGCCGACCUGCCAGGUCAGACCUGGACCUUUGUGAAGUACCACAGAGCUGAGUCACAGACCAACAUCAGCACGUUCUGCCGUCCACACGCCCACAUCAACCAGACUCAGUGUGGUUCAGGUGUGUAUAUAAAGAGCAGAGCAGCCUCCUGUUGUCACUGCAUCAUCAGCUGUUACCUGAACAUCAUCAUCAUCAUCAUCAGCUCACAUCUACCUGACAGAUUGACUGGCACUUUGUUUUUCUCCACACAGAACAAUCAGUGCAUCAUCACCAUGAAGACUGUCCUGCUUCUCUCUCUGCUCGUGUGUGCUGCAUUUGCAGCUCCAGCUGCAGAUGAACAGAAGGCUCCAGAAGCAGCAGUGGAGGCCCCGGAGGAACACGUGGCUGCUGCACCUGCACAUGAUGUUGAGGAGGCAGCAGCACCUCAAUCUCGUUUUAACUUCUGUCCAGACGGCUGGUUCAGCUACAACUCUCGCUGCUUCAAGUUUAUCAAUACUGCCCUGUCCUGGUACAGUGCUGAGGAACACUGCAACAGCCUGGGGGCCAACCUGGCCUCAGUCAGCAACCCCAGAGAGUACAGCUUCCUCCAGCAGAUGACUCAGACAGCCGGUCAGAGCAUCGCAUGGCUGGGAGGCUUCAACCUGCAGGGCCGGUGGAUGUGGAUUGACCGUGAAGGUUUCUACUACACCAACUGGUACUCCCAAUCCUCCCCCAGCAGCUACCCCUGCAUGUACUUACGCUCCACCAAUGGUUGGGGUAACACCCAGUGUGGCUCUGGUUAUCGCUUCAUCUGCUCCAAGAGCCCAUUCAGCUGUUAACAUACAUGCUAAACACCUGGAGCCUUGGGAUGGAUCAGCUGGGAGGUUUUUCCUGUUUCAAGGCAACUUAUGAACUUUGUUGUGUGUCUCACUGAAUGACUGUUGUCCAUUGUGUAUUCUGAUAA